AUGCAAGAUAAAGAUGAAGUUGGUCGAGUAAAGCAGCUCUGCCGGAAAGAUGAAUAUAUCAAAGAGCUGUUCGGUGGCUGUCCAAGAGAAUAUAUCAGAAUCCUUAGGAUUAUCGAUUCUACGAGGUAUUAUUCGAAGCCCGAGUAUGCGAAAAUAACUGACUUGUUGCAUGAUGCUAUACGUAUUAACGCAGUUUUUGAAUAUCCAUACGACUGGGAGAAAUACCUGGAUCCAGUAAAAUCGGCGAAAAGUGCUGAGAUUAAGUGA